UCCACGUUUUCCCGCGAGAGGUGUUUGCUGAGGUCUGGAGCGGGAAGAGGCGAACCUCCCUGUAAAGGAUAGUUGUGCAACUGGACUCCUAGCUUGAUAUAUUUUUUCGGUUCAGAGCUGUCACAGUCGGGAUUCUGCGCUGCGAAGCAAGAUGCUGAAGUCCAAGACUUUCUUAAAAAAGACACGGGCGGGGGGCGUGAUGAAAAUCGUGCGCGAGCACUACUUACGGGACGACAUCGGCUGCGGUGCGCCGGGGUGUGCGGCCUGCAGCGGCGCUCACGAGGGUCCGGUCCUGGAGCCGCAGCCCGUAGAUCCACCCAGCAGCCUCUGCCCGCAGCCGCACUAUUUGCUACCUGACACCAACGUGCUGCUGCACCAGAUUGAUGUUCUUGAGGACCCUGCCAUCAGGAAUGUAAUCGUCCUACAAACAGUUAUGCAAGAAGUGAGGAAUCGGAGUGCCCCGGUGUAUAAACGAAUCCGAGAUGUGACUAGUAACCAGGAGAAGCAUUUCUAUACUUUCACCAAUGAGCACCAUAGAGAAACUUAUGUAGAACAAAAACAGGGAGAAAACUCUAAUGAUAGGAAUGAUAGAGCCAUUAGAGUAGCAGCAAAAUGGUACAAUGAACAUUUGAAGAAAAUGUCAGCAGAGAAUCAGCUGCAAGUUAUCUUCAUCACAAAUGACAGGAGAAACAAAGAGAAAGCCAUAGAAGAGGGAAUACCAGCUUUCACUUGUGAAGAAUAUGUGAAGAGCCUAACUGCUAACCCUGAACUCAUAGAUCGCCUUGCUUGUUUGUCUGACGAAGGGAACGAAAUAGAAAGUGGGAAAGUAAUAUUUUCAGAGCAUCUUCCCUUAAGUAAGCUGCAACAAGGCAUAAAAUCCGGUACAUACCUUCAAGGGACAUACAGAGCCAGCAGGGAAAACUACUUAGAAGCUACAGUAUGGGUUCACGGAGAUGCCGAAGAAAAUAAAGAGAUAAUCUUACAAGGACUUAAAAAUUUAAACCGAGCUAUUCAUGAAGACAUCGUGGCUGUGGAGCUUCUCCCCAAGAAUCAGUGGGUAGCACCAUCUUCUGUGGUUUUACAUGAUGAAGGUCAAAAUGAAGAUGACGUGGAGAAAGAAGAGGAAAGAGAACUCAUUCUUAGGGCUGCUGUAAGUGAAAAAAUGUUAAAGCCUACAGGUAGAGUUGUAGGAAUAAUAAAGAGGAAUUGGAGACCGUACUGUGGCAUGCUUUCCAAGUCUGACAUUAAGGAGUCAAGAAGACAUCUCUUUACACCUGCUGACAGGAGAAUUCCUCGAAUUCGGAUAGAAACCAGACAGGCUUCAGCAUUGGAAGGACGGAGAAUUAUCGUUGCUAUUGAUGGAUGGCCCAGAAAUUCCAGAUACCCAAAUGGACACUUUGUGAAAAAUUUAGGUGAAGUUGGAGAGAAAGAGACUGAAACAGAGGUUUUGUUGCUGGAACACGAUGUUCCCCAUCAGCCUUUUUCACAGGCAGUUCUCAGCUUUCUACCAAAGAUGCCCUGGAGCAUUACUGAACUGGACAUGAGAAACCGAGAAGACCUGAGACAUCUCUGUGUUUGUAGCGUGGACCCCCCGGGAUGCACAGAUAUAGAUGAUGCUCUGCAUUGUCGGGAACUCGAAAAUGGGAAUUUGGAGGUCGGUGUUCAUAUUGCUGAUGUUAGCCAUUUUAUUAGGCCGGGAAAUGCUUUGGAUCAAGAGUCAGCCAGAAGGGGAACAACUGUGUAUCUUUGUGAAAAGAGGAUCGACAUGGUUCCAGAGUUGCUUAGCUCCAACCUAUGUUCCUUAAGGUGUAACGUUGACAGGCUGGCGUUUUCAUGUAUUUGGGAAAUGAAUCACAAUGCAGAAAUCUUAAAAACAAGGUUUACAAAAAGUGUCAUUAAUUCAAAGGCUUCUCUUACGUAUGCUGAAGCUCAGAUGAGAAUUGAUUCGGCAGCCAUGAAUGAUGAUAUUACCAUCAGUCUCCGUGGACUAAAUAAACUAGCUAAAAUUUUGAAAAAAGGAAGAAUUGAAAAAGGGGCUUUGACUCUUUCUUCUCCGGAAGUUCGCUUUCAUAUGGACAGUGAAACUCAUGAUCCUAUAGAUCUGCAGACCAAGGAGCUUAGAGAAACAAAUUCCAUGGUGGAAGAAUUUAUGUUACUUGCCAAUAUCUCUGUCGCAAAAAAAAUUCAUGAAGAAUUUUCUGAACAUGCUCUCCUUAGAAAACAUCCUGCUCCUCCUCCAUCAAAUUAUGAAAUUCUUGUUAAGGCAGCUAAAUCCAAGAAUUUAGAAAUUAAAACUGAUACAGCCAAGUCCUUGGCUGACUCUUUGGAUCGGGCUGAGUCUCCUACAUUCCCGUAUCUGAACACUCUGUUAAGAAUACUGGCCACUCGCUGCAUGAUGCAAGCUGUGUACUUCUGCUCUGGGAUGGAUAAUGAUUUUCAUCACUAUGGCUUAGCGUCCCCCAUAUACACACAUUUCACUUCUCCCAUCAGAAGAUAUGCAGACAUCAUCGUUCACCGGUUGUUGGCUGUGGCUAUCGGGGCCGACUGUACUUACCCAGAGUUGACAGACAAACACAAGCUUGCAGAUAUCUGCAAGAACCUGAACUUCCGGCACAAAAUGGCUCAGUAUGCCCAGCGCGCAUCAGUGGCUUUUCACACCCAGUUAUUUUUCAAAAGCAAAGGAAUAGUAAGUGAAGAAGCCUAUAUUCUCUUUGUGAAAAAAAAUGCUAUCGUGGUAUUAAUUCCAAAAUAUGGUUUAGAAGGCACAGUUUUUUUUGAAGAAAAGGACAAACCAAAGCCACGGCUUAUUUAUGAUGAUGAGAAACCGUCACUUAAAAUAGAAGACACAGUGUUUCAUAUAUUCGAUAAAGUUAAAGUGAAAAUCAUGUUGGAUUCAUCUAAUCUUCAGCAUCAGAAAAUUCGAAUGUCCCUGGUGGAACCAUGGAUACCAGGUAUAAGUAUUCCUAAUGAUACUUCAAACAUGGACAUUAAUGAACCAGAGAAGAAGAAGAAGAAGCUUGAAAAAUAGCUACACUGGACAGAAAAGCAUAAAGGGUUGGUGUCCUUAAAAAAAAAAAACAAAGAAAGCUUGAGAGGACAUUUUUAAACUUAAGAAGUGUGUGAAAGUUUAUUACUUUAUUAAGUACAUUUUGAUAAUUUAAAAAAUUGCAUUUUUAAAAUUUAUUAUAUUUUAUGGAUUAUACUAUUACAGUUGUCCCAAUUUUUCCUUUUGCCACCCUCCGCCCAGUACCGCCCACUCCCUCAGGCAUCCCCCCAACGUUAUUCAUGUACAUGAGUCAUGUCUAUAAAUUCUUCGGCUACUCCGUUUCCUACACUGUGCUUUACAUCCCCAUGGCCAUUCUGCAACUACCUGUUUGUACUUAACUCUCUCACCUCCUCACCCAUUCCCCACACCCCCUCCCAUCAGGCAACCAUCAAAACACUCUCUGUAUUCAUGGUUCUGUCUCUGUUCUUGUUUUUAGAUUCAAUUGUUGAUAGAUUUGUAUUUCUUGCCAUUCUGUUGUUCAUAGUUUUGAUCUUUUUCUUAAAUGAGUCCCUUUUUCAUAUAAUGGUUUGGUGAUGAUGAACUCCUUUAGUUUUUUAUCUGGGAAGCUCUUUAUCCGCCCUUCAAUUCUAAUUGUUAUCUUUGCUGGGUAGAGCACUCUCGACUGUAGGUCCAUACUUUUCAUGUCUUUGAGUAUUUCUUGCCAGUCCCUUCUAGCCUGCAGUUUCUUUUGAGAAAUCAUCUGACAGUCUUAGCAAUUCCCCUGUAGGUAACUAACUUCUUCUCUUUGGGUGCUUUUAAGAUUCUCUCUUUAUCUUUAUCUUUAACCUUUGGCAUUUUAAUUAUGAUGUGUCUUGGAGUGGCCUCUUUGCAUCCAUCUUGUUUGGGACUCUGUGCUUAAAAAUUUGCAUUUUUAUUGAACUGUUGACUGUGUCUGUCCCAUCAUACUACUUGACUUCUGGAUUGAACAGAACUGUUUAUGCAGACAAAUUCAGUCCAAUAUCCAUCACUUAAGUAGUGACAGGAUGGCAAUUCAGGGAUCUGUAUAGAUCAUUUAGAGAAGGCAUUCAUCUGCUCAUCUGCUCAAUGAAGAGAUUAACUUACAUAAGUAAUUUGAUUAUUUAAUAUUGGUAGAAAAACUACCAUUUUCCUAUGGAGAAAAAUAAAACAUUUUUAGAAGCAAGGAACAAUCUGUCAUUUCUAAAUUUCGAAAGCUGUGUUUGGUGUGGCAGUUUUUAGAUUUCAAGACAAUUAAGAUCUGUCAGGGAAUUCAGUAAUCAUUGCUAUUUUUAAUUUAGCUAGCUUACAUAUGUGCUCUUUCUGUUACGAAGCCUCCUGCAGUUUUUUAAUGAUCCUUGAACAGCUGUCAAGCAUUUGGGAAUUGAAUGUCAUAGGAAGGCAAGAUGUAGGGUAUUUUGAUCUGAUUGAAAAAAUAGUUGUUUUACACCAGGUAAUAAGUGUGAUCAUCAUCCUUGACCUUCACCUAAACACCUCCGUCAAAGAAGGGCAUUAGGAUUCAAAGAAAGAAUGGAUGGUACUUUAAACGUCACAUCGAAUGUUAUUUAGAAAGCAAAAGGCAGGUAGUGGAUGGUUUAAACUGUGUAUGUGUCAGAUUAUGUAGGAAACGGCGGAUGGUGUAAGUGCAUAUUAAGUACAUACUCAAGGGAGCACACUGAAGUAUCUUCCCGUGUUAACUCCAACAAGUAGUAAUCAUUAAGUUUGUUUUCCACAAUACUGUGAGAUAGUUACCUUAAAACAUUUUACUUUGCUUAUAUAAUCUCUAAAGUACCGAUGGGGUACCAGGUUUAUCACCAGGCAGGUAAACUGCCUUUGCCUGGAAGGAGUUUGUGGCACAAGGAAGGGAAGCAAACGGCAGGGGUGUGUUGGUGGGAAUAAUUGCAGUGCGUGCUUCAGGCGCUCAGUCAUGUUGAAUGAUGUUCCUGUUUGCUGUUACUGAGGAAAACAUCCAUACGCUGAGGAAGCAACUGUUUCAUUUGAUGGAAAGAUAGCUUUGAGUUGUCUUGGGUCCAAGUAAUGGACUGAGACAAGAGUAGGAGUCAACAAGCCUUUUUGUAAAGGGCCAGACGUGUAAGGCUCUGCGGCAGGGCAGGCAGUCUGUCGACAACCUGUGCCUUAUUUAUGAGGAAGGUCUAAUACAGACAUUAGUUCCUACUGAGUAAUUUUACAUGAAAUAUUUCACUUAAAAAGCUCUGUUGGGUAGGACUCUUCUCCCCAUUUAAUAGAUGAGAAGAUUUGAGGCUUUCAUGGCCCAGAUCAAGCAGUUCAGUAACAGGUGGUGUUAGACUCCAAGUUACAGUCAGUAGUUUGUUUCUACUUGUGCUAUGAAACACGCACACACACACAUAGCCAGGGAAGCUCCUCCUUCUGGAACCCAGGACUGUUAUGUGUAGCAAUAGUCUUUAACUUACAUUGAUUGUAAAGGCUGUGUGCUUAAGGAUUCAACUUCCUGAUGCAGAAUCUUUAGCAAUGGACCUAGUGGCUAAUGGUUUUAAGUUAUUUUGC